CCAAAAUCAAAAUCUAACCACAGAUUUCUUUAUUUAUUCAGAACAAUAUAAUCCUGUACCAAAUUUUGUUUUCAGCUCCAAGAAAACAAAGAGAGAGAGAUAAGAACUAAUUAUUUAUAUUCAAAUAAUUGAUUUUUAUUCCCAAUUGGCUUUUUCCACCCUCCAUUUCCACCCCCUCGAGCUCAAAUAAUCUUCCAUCUUCCCCACUUUCCCAAAACUCCAUUAUCUCCUACCUCAAAACAUCAUUAAGAACCAGAAGAUCAAAAACCAUGGUGGUGUUCGACAAGGACGCAACCUCAUCCUCCCAAACCCUCCCUCCUUUCCCACGCGAGGACACGCCUCUCCUCGGAAAACGCUCCCAUCUCUCCUCACAGUCCAAGACAUUCGCCAACGUCUUCAUCGCCAUCGUCGGCUCCGGCGUGCUGGGCCUCCCUUACACCUUCAAGAAAACCGGAUGGGUUUUCGGCUCUGUUAUGCUCUUCUCUGUAGCUUUUCUUACCUACCACUGUAUGAUGCUUCUGGUCAAAACCCGCCGGAGGCUCGAGUCCGAUAUGGCUCUCUCCAAGGUCAACUCUUUCGGCGAUCUGGCCUUUGCCGUUUGCGGCCCAGUUGGGCGAUUUGCGGUUGAUGUCAGCAUCGUGCUGGCUCAGGCUGGGUUCUGUGUUAGUUACAUGAUUUUCAUAUCGAAUAGUUUGGCAUAUGUGUUCAACUAUUCUGGCCCGGAUCGAGUUCUGGGUAUGAGUCCGAAAAGCUUGUAUCUUUGGGGGUGUUUUCCAUUUCAAUUGGGGUUGAAUUCGAUUCCCACACUGACCCAUUUGGCUCCUUUGAGUAUUUUUGCUGAUGUGGUUGAUCUUGGAGCUAUGGGAGUUGUUAUGGUUGAGGACGUAAUGAUUUUUCUGCAGAAUCGGCCUGCUUUGCAAGCAUUUGGGGGCUUUUCGGUUUUCUUCUAUGGUCUUGGUGUGGCUGUUUAUGCAUUUGAAGGGAUUGGGAUGAUAUUGCCAUUGGAAUCUGAGGCCAGAGACAAGGACAAGUUUGGCAAAGUGUUGGCUUUGGUUAUGGCCUUCAUUGCUUUGUUGUAUGGAAGCUUUGGGGUCCUGGGUUACUUUGCUUUUGGGGAAGAGACUAAAGACAUAAUCACUACCAACUUCGGGCAAGGCUUGGUGAGCACUCUAGUCCAGUUGGGUCUCUGCAUAAACUUGUUCUUUACUCUACCAUUGAUGAUGCACCCGGUUUUCGAGGUUGUGGAGAGGAGGUUUUGGGAUGGGGGGUACUGCUUGUGGCUGAGGUGGGUUAUGGUGUUUGGGGUCUGCUUGGUGGCUCUUACAGUGCCUAAUUUUGCAGACUUUUUGUCACUGGUGGGGAGCAGUGUUUGUGUGGCUUUAGGGUUUGUGUUUCCUGCUUUGUUCCAUUUGAUGGUGUUCAAGGAAGAGUUGGGGUGUCAUGGGAUGGUUUUGGAUGGGACUAUUGUGGUUAUUGGGGUGAUUAUUGGAGUCUCUGGAACUUGGUCUUCAAUAGCAGAGAUUGUUGCACCCAAAGCUUGAGGAUUUUGAAGCCGCUAAUCAAUUGAAGUUUGAUUGCUGUGUCAAUUGUACUAUGGUGCAUUACUUUGUUAAUUGUGUGAACUUUGAACCAUUUGUAAGGCAUAAUGUUCGAGCUAAUAGAGAACUUUCUUUUUGUGGUGUUGUUCUUUUGA